AUGGAUGCUUCUACAAGGCGACGGGCUGACUCUUUGCAUCAGAAGCAGGGUGCCCAACAGGGCUCUCCGCAGGACCGGUGCAGGGUAACCUGUGCGUUGCAGCGCAACACGUUUUUGCCUGGGGAGCACGUUCGCGGAACAAUCAAGUUUGGCGUUUCGUCCGAGGAUCAAGACGGCGUGGACAUCGAGGAGGCGACGGUGCAAGCGCACGGCUACGUGAAGGUUGACCCGAGAUGGAUCGCGCUUCCGACCUCCCUUCGUAGACUCUUUCGCCAGGAAGAAGGUAGUGGUGGUGCUGGUGGUGCUGGUGGUGGUGCUGACGGCGACAGGAAGCCGGUGGAUCAGGCUUUUCCGGUCCCAAGGUACAGCGGUCUCACGGACGACCGUUCUGCGUGCGUCUUCGCCUCGGAGGUUGCCGUCCUGCUCAAGAAGGAGAGGGUGGACGGCGGCAGGCACCCGGCCUCUUUCCGGUUCAGCUUCGUGCUUCCCGAGAACCUCACGCCCACGUUCCGGGGCGUCGGAGUCCGGUACGCGUACGCUGUCACCGUGCGCGUCCGGCGAGCGCUCCCGCCCCCGCCGGCGGCCGGCCGCCUCCUCGGAUUGGUGCGAAGAAGACCCGCCGCGGGGUCCUCGGCCUCCGCCGGGUUUUCCACGACGGACGUCCACGUGUCGUUUACGGUUCUCUCUCGCGGGCCCCCCGCGUUCGACGGCGUCGGGGGCACCGCGGACGGGAUUGGCGACGGGGGGGGUUGGGGGAGGGUGGCGUUCGCGGAGCUGGAAGCUGAGCGGCAAUCCGCCGACGCGUUCGAGGUGGAGGCGGACAGGGCGAAGGCGGGUGGGCUGGUGUCGGGGACCCGCGCGGUCACCUGGAACAUGCAGGGGCGGAUGAUCGACGACGGUUUUGGGAGCAUUGGCGCAUCGGCCUUGCUACUAGGUGAAGGCGACGGCGGGGCCGAAGAUCCACCGCCCCCUCCCAUGGUCUACUCGAUAAGAAGCGGGGACCAUCGCAUAGGGAGUUUCAUCCUGCAUAAGGCGGAGUUCUGUGCCGGUGACAUCGUCCUUGGCAACUUCGACUUCUCAGGGGCGUCGACUCGUUGUUUGCAAGUGUGUGCGUGCUUGGAGGUUUGCGAAGAGAACCAGAACGCGUUUACCGGGGACUCGGCGUCGUCAGCCCCUGGGAAGCCGAAGCCGUCGCCGAACGCCCGGAACACCUGCCACAAGCGCGUUGUGGACUCGUGCAAGGAGCUUACGCCGUGCUUGGUGCAGUCCUCCGUGACCCUUUCCGUCCCCAUGGACGCGCCCGUCACCUUCUCCACGGAGCUGGUGAGCGUCUCCUGGAGCCUCCGGUUCGAGUUCGUCAUUUCCCCCCCGGAGUCUCGAUGGGGCCUCGGCGGAUUUUCGCCGUCGAAGGCCAGCGUGCUGAAGUGGGCCGUGCCCAUCCGAGUCGCGCCGCCGAGCCGCAUCGUGCUCGCCGGUGCGGGGACCGCAGGCGGAGGCGGAGAGCUUGGGUGUAACGCUAUGGAUGCCACGGGCCGAACGGUGCUUUGCUAG